AUGUGCAAAUCUCUCAAAGCCAAAGUAGAUGAAGGAGAAACAUCCACUUCUUCUGACCCAGGUCGCUCUGGUUUCGAACACAAACCAACACAAACGGAGACCCCACAACCGCUCUCAGGCGUUAAACUGCCAAAAUUUCUAGCGGAUUGGUCAGAAGCAAACGUGGCUUUUCAGAGUGAAUUGGAUUGCCUAAACAACAUGGAUUUAGACAACUUCGCAACACAUUUUCAACAAAUAAUUUACUCUUACUUCAAAACAAACUACGGCGUUGUAAAAACUAAAUCAACAAAUAAUUUGAAAACAGACUGCACAAUCAAACAACAAAAAAAGGAGCUAAAACAACUAAAAGCUCAAAACUGCAAUAACGUUUUCAACACCCAUAUCUCAAAACUGAGUAAAUUAAUUCGAGAGAGAUUGAGAUUAAAAUCCUCUAAGAAAACGUGCUCCGCAAUGGAUACAAACCAGUUCAACAACAAUUUCUGGAGGGCCUGCAAAUCAUCGUUUUCAUCAUCAACAAAUGUAGCUCCUCAAUAUAAUGUGGCCAACGGUGAAACCUUUUUCCGCAAUGGAUUGAUAGCCGACGCUCGAUCUUCAUUCCAAUUUCCAGAUUGGAUUCAUCCCCUGCCGGAACCGUCAGUUAAGGGUGACAUCGAUAAACCGACAUAUAAGGAAGUCGUUGCGAUUGUUCGAAGGUGCAAGGCCAAAGCCACACUUUGUCCGCUGAACCAAAUUUCGGUUAUUGCGCUAAAAAGAUGUCCAAUUCUCCGCACAUACCUUCAUAAAUUAAUAGUUAAAUGUUGGAAUGCCGGAACAAUUCCGCUGUCUGGAAUGUCCUUGCAUUCAAACCCCGUCAUUGCAACCAUACCAUUGGCCCACUUCGACUUCCAUUUGUAUGUCUCAAUGAUGUUAGUUUGGUAA